AUGGAUCCCAAACAGAUGGUGCAUAUGAAUCAAGGACAAGAGGAAACUAGCUAUGCUCGCAACCAUAGUAUGCAGAAUGCUGCGCAGAACAGGAUGAAGCCCCUGAUAGAAGCGGCAAUCGUUGAUGUAUGCAGCAACACCAGCACCUUGUCUUGCGGAAAGGUGGUGAUCAUGGACUUGGGCUGCUCCUCUGGUCCAAAUGCGGUGGCAUUGGUGUCAAUCACCCUUGAGGCCACCCACAGCCACUUUCUUCAGUUGCAGCAGCCACCUCCGGAAGUCUGUGUACUCCUGAAUGAUCUCCCAUACAAUGACUUCAACGUGGUGGUGAAGAGCCUGGUUCCGCUCCGUAAAAUGAACGAGCCUGUUGUUGUAACUGGUGUUGUACCAGGGUCAUUCUACGAGAGGCUCUUCCCUGGUGGAUCCUUGCAUCUUAUCUGCUCAUCCAACAUCCUUAAUUGGCUCUCAAAGGCUCCUCGAGAUUUAAUGAUGAACCAAAUCCCGGCGUACGACAUCGAUGAACAUGUCAGGCGUGAAAGACUCACGGUGGUUGCUGGAGCUUAUGCAAGACAGUUCAGGAAAGAUUUCACACUUUUCUUGGAGCUGAGAGCCAAAGAAUUGGUCCCUAAAGGCAGGAUGGUUGUUUCCCUUGCUGGGAGGCGUUCUGAUGAACUCAUAAACGAAAGCUCUCACGUCUGGGGAACUGUAGCUCAGAUUUUAGCCAUCAUGGCCUCAGAGGGUGCGAUUGACAAAGCAAAGUUUGAUUCUUUCUACAUACCAGUAUAUGGGCCUUCCCUUGAAGAGCUGAGGGAAAUCAUCCAGGAAGAUGGUUCCUUCUCAGUCACCGAGAUGCAGGCGCACGAGCCUACAAGCGGCAUGGACUAUGCAUGCCUCACCCUAAACAUGAUUGCGAAUAGUUUGAGAGCUAUAUAUGAGCCGAUAAUAGACCAACAUUUUGGAUCCUCUGGAGAGGUCAUGGAUGAGUUUGUGAGGACCGCGGAGAAGUAUUUGAACCUGCAAGGUGGCUCUCAAGUCAAGCAGACCAAAAACCCGAUAGUUAUGCUGGUUGUAUCGCUCACCAAGGCAUGA